ACAGCAGCACCUCUGGAGGCCCCCAGUGUGCAGGGAGACGUGGACUUGAGUGCGAAGGCGCUUCCGACCCCGCGGCGGAAGCGGAAGUGCCGCUCCUCGGGAAGGUGGCGGAUCUGCCCAGACCGGCUCCACGAUGUCCAAGGUUUCCUUUAAGAUCACGCUGACGUCCGACCCGCGGCUGCCGUACAAAGUACUCAGUGUUCCUGAAAGUACACCUUUCACAGCCGUCUUAAAGUUUGCAGCAGAAGAAUUUAAAGUUCCUGCGGCCACGAGUGCCAUUAUUACAAACGAUGGAAUCGGAAUAAACCCCGCGCAGACCGCUGGCAACGUUUUUCUAAAGCACGGCUCCGAGCUGCGCAUCAUUCCUCGAGACCGCGUCGGAAGCUGCUGAUGCCCCGCUCCGCUUGGAAGAUAGGGUUGCCUUCCAGAGGAGGCCUGGUGGUGUUGCGAGCGGAAAGGAGGCAUGUGCGACGCUGUGGAAACCCCGACGGCUGACCGCGCGACGAGAGGCCGCCCUCUGCCCCUCCCGCCGCGGCCGCUCCUCGCGGGAGGAGGGCCCGGCCGCGCCCGAGGUCUUGCCUCUCGCGCGUCUCGUCCCUUUCGGGGAGAGGACUUCCCGCUGUGUUCAUCUCACUGGAGGGUGCUUCCGAUGGUUCCCCCUGAGGACACUUGGACGAUUAAAUGUAUUGAAUCUUUCUGUUUGUCUCCAAGUUAAAACUGUAAAAAGAUCACGGCUCAUACAUGGCGGUUGCUGGGCAGGAUCUGACUUGCAGGCUCACGGUACGCAGUUGAAUUCUUAACCGUGUACCACGUGCGGGAAAGGACGCAAACAUAUCAGUGAACACGUGACGGCCUUCCCUGCUUGUCCUUUAGGUGUGUUUUCAGUGUGAAGCCCCGUGUGUCCGUAUAAAUGGUAAUUUAAGAGCAGAGCCCACAGUCACUCGUGUCCGAUCCACCCUCGUUUCGGCGUGUGAACCAGUGCCCCGCACCGGAGCUCCGAGUCUGGUCGUGGAGAGCCCGGUGCUGGUAACGGUGAGGACCGGAGCGAAGCGGCAGCGCCCUCCCCGAGCCCAGAGCAGGGGUUCCCGGGGGCGCGGCCUAAGGCGCCUUCAGGAGGAGGCCGCGAAGAAGGCCGGGGCGCCCGGCAGAGCUCCGGCAAAGGCCCGCGGUCGGUCCAGGGGGAGUGAAGACGGGCCCCGUGGGGGAGGGGCGGGCAGAGCGCCUCGGGCCUCCCCGGACUCCAGCCGGGCAGGGGAAGGGGCGGCGUGCGGUGACUGGGGCCCGGUGCUCCACUGCUGUGCGGCAGGCGGCAGCCCCCGGGGAGCGUGUCCUGCGGACUCUGGCCCGGACGUGCAGUCCGCUCCCGGCGAGUCCUCGCGGGUUCUCGGGAGUGAAGCGUCCCCGAAGGCCAGAGUCACGAGGGCACGUUCCGCCCCGCCCCGCGGGCGGUCCUGGGCUCCCUGGGGCAGAGGGCAGGGAACGUGGGGAAGCCCACGUGUGACGUGGGUGGCUGGGCGUGAGCAGUUUCGCAGACGCUGUGGGUGUUGGUACACGAGCCCCGGGACUCCGGGUUGCGAAGGGGACAGUCUUUGCUGGGUUAGAAAAGGACGCUUCCGAUGCUGGGGCGAGUUCGUACUUUCAUACACAAAGUCGGACGCUCAGAUGCCCCGGGUCCUUCCCAGUAUUGACCUCAGUCGGCCAGAAGCGUGUGAAUGCCCUGCCCUGGUUUUUUGUUUAAUUUACAUCCCCCCGUCUCCAGCACAGAACCUGCCUGCCACACGAAUAAGUUUACGCUGUCCUGUGCCAUCAAGUAAUUUACUAUUUUUCUUUGGGUUUGAAAAUUUUACUGUAAUAAGUUCUUAAAAACGUUUCCUUAAAGAACUAGACCUUCUGUUGUUGAAUAAACGUGACCUGUAAGUUCUUCGUG